GGGAGCACAGAUCUUUUGCCAAACAUCAUAAUAAGGUAAGCGUCAUGGCGGCAAUGAAAGAAGUGGUGUCAUUGUACCAGCAACUGAAAACAGAAUGGAACAAGAAACCACCGAACCUGAGCAAAUGUGGAGAACUUUUAACGAAAUUAAAGGUUGGCCUUACACAUUUAAUGUUCUUGCCAACUUCCAACUCGACUGCUUCACAGCAAGAGCUGUUACUUGCAAGAGACAUUCUCGAGAUCGGUGCUCAGUGGAGCAUUGCUAUGAAAGAUAUACCCUCAUUUGAGAGAUAUAUGGCACAACUGAAAUGUUACUAUUUGGAUUACAGGGACCAGCUUCCAGAAUCUGCAUACAAGUACCAACUUUUGGGACUGAAUCUGCUGUCCCUACUAUCUCAGAACAGGGUGGCAGAGUUUCACACAGAGUUGGAGCUGUUGCCUGCUGAUCAGAUCCAGACCAAUGUCUACAUCCGCCAUCCACUUUCUCUUGAGCAGUACCUGAUGGAAGGCUCCUAUAACAAGAUCUUCCUGGCAAAAGGCAACGUUCCAGCAGAAAAUUAUAAUUUUUUUAUUGACAUUCUGCUGGACACAAUUAGAAAUGAAAUAGCAACUUGCUUGGAGAAGUCCUACGAAAAGAUAUCUGUUCAAGAAGCAGCGAGAAUGCUGAACAUGGCGAGUCUUGCUGCCAUGAAGAAAUACGGAGAAAAGAAGAAUUGGACUCUUAAUCCAGAUAAUUACUACUACUUUGGUACUGAGGAGAAGAAGAGUGAAGACCCUCUUCCAUCAAUAGAACUUUCAGAACAAGUGAUAGAUUAUGCAAGGGAACUUGAAAUGAUUGUAUGAGUGAACAAAUUUUUGUGGAAAAUUAAAGCUUUAUUUAAUUUUACUCAUCUGUUGAAAACUUUUGUAAAUAACAAAUGAAAAAAAGUAAAAAGUUUAAUAGUCA